UAGGAAAAAUGGAGAAGGAUUCUGAGUCUCCAUCCUCCUCUGUCACCAGGGGUUCAUGCCCCGUCCUGAAGGGACCCUCACCAGCGCCUAAACAGAUUUCUUCUCCCAAUGCAGCUAAUAAACCUGCUGCACCUUCUCAGCCUGACAAAUCAACAUCUCCAUCAAGUCCCAUAAAAUUAUCUGAUUUCUCUUCAUCAUCCAUACAAGCUAUUCAUUUGGAUAAAUCAGAACAUUUGUCUGGUGACAUAACUGAAAAACCUCAUGCAGGCACGUCCAACACGCCUGUCUCCAAAGCAACAAGCAUGUCAUCUUCUGCAAAGUUCGAAUUGACCUGUCCUGGAUCAUCUUGCUCUGGCUCCAACACUUCCCCCUCUGGAGCUACUUCCACAAAACGCAGCUUUGCCUCUGUGGCUAAGCAGGUGAUAAUGCAGGAGAGACUCAGGAAAGCAGAGGAAGAGGAUGCAAAUGAUGAAGAAGAUGAUGAAGAACUAGAAGAAGACCUGAGUGUGGAGCAGAUGGAGGAGAAGGCCAACAUUGGUGAUGCCAGAGCUCAGACCCAGUUGGGUCAGCACUUCUUGAUGCUUGCUGAAGACAAAGACCCAGACCUCAACAACCGCCUGGCAGUUAACUGGCUAAUCAAAGCAGCUAAACAGGGAAGAAUGUCCGCAGCGAGACUUCUUCAGCGCUGCUGGAUCCAGAAAAAGGGAGUAACUCCAGAAAAUGAGGCUGACAUGCGCAAGUUGUCAAAAGAGGGCAAGUUUGAGCUGGCAGUACGCAAAGCAGCCAUGAUGAUGUACUGGAGGCUCAACCCAGACAGGAAGAAAAAAGUGGCUGUCUCUGAGCUGCUCCAAAAUGUCAGCCAGGUGAACGCAGUGCCAGCAGGGGGCAAAGCAAGCAGAAUCCCUGCUCCUACUUCGGGCCAGACCCAGAAAAUAAUAGAGAGCAUGGUCAGCACUGAUGCCAAACAGCUGGUGGACCUGGAUGACUUUGUUGAAAUGACAAAAAAAUAUGCACAAGGCAUUGUCCCUACUGUCCCUCAAAAUGGAAGCCAGGACUCAUCAGAAAUUGAAAGUCCCGACCUGCUGGAUAGAAAAGGGAAGGUCAAGGCAGGGGUAGUCCCUAAAGAACAUAAGAAGGUCCAGAAACAUUCUUGGAGCUUUGAUUACAGUGGGAUGCUGCCGGACGCCAAGCAUACAAAUGCCAUGAAGUCACACCUGACGAUGCUGCAGUACCCACUUCAUGCAGUUAUUGAGAUGAAGGAGCACCUGUUUGACUGGGCAUCGAGGGCAGGUGUCCAGUGGUUGAGCACGCUCAUCCCUACGCAGCAUGUCAACGCCCUCAUUUUCUUCUUUAUCAUCAGCAACCUGACCGUUGACCUGUUUGCUUUUGUUAUACCCCUGCUUGUCUUUUACCUCUCCUUCAUUGCCAUGAUUAUCUGCACUCUAAGGAUCUUCCAGAGUAGCAAGACAUGGGAGAACUUCAAAGCCUUAACAUCCCUGCUGACUCGUUUCGAACCAGGUCUUGAUGUGGAGCAGGCAGAGACCAACUUUGGUUGGAACAACCUGGAGCAAUACCUUUACUUUAUCUUUUCCGUCUUUUUUGUCAUUUUCUCCUUCCCUGUCGCCGACAAGAAAUGGAUCCCUUGUUCUGAGCUCUCCACCGUGGCAAUUUUCUUCACAGUUCUCAGCUAUUACAGCCUCAGCCCAGCUGCAGCAGCAUAUGCACGUCGUGCAAUCUUCAUCGAGGUAGCCUCAAAUCUGUGUUGCCUGACACAAUUACUGCCAGAGGACAUGACAGGACUUCGUUUUCUUGGACACACAUUUAUGACAGUGCCGCUUGGGGAAUCUGUGGUACUGAAGCUCAGCAUCCCCUGCCUUCUGUAUGUCUACCUUUUCUACCUGUUUUUCAGCAUGGCACGAACCCGUGGAUUUCGGGGGACCUACUGCUUCCUGAUCCCAUAUCUUGUAUGCUUCAUGUGGUGUGAGUUUUCAGUGGUCCUCCUACAAAAUUCCUCUGCUGUUGGAUUAAUCCGCACCUGCGUGGCAUACUUCCUCUUCCUGUUUGCACUCCCUGCUCUGGUGUUUGGCCUUGCCAUCAUGCUCUUCAUCCAGCUGUUUAAAUGGUUCAUAGAACUAGAGUUGACAAAGAUGAUUGUGACCCUGGUGAUAUGCGCAAUUCCCGUCACUCUGCGGCUCUGGACACGGUUCAGCAUGUCUAUUUUGGAUGUUCUGCGCUCAUUUACGCAAUGGGGUCCAGUCAAAUUCAUCUUGCUCUGCAUUUCCAUGGUGAUCCUGUUGUUCUCGGUAUAUGUAUACCAUGCGGAGGGACAGAAGGUGUACAACUCCACUCUGACAUGGAACCAGUACAGCCAGACUUGUGGGCCUCCAGCCUGGGAAAGCAAAGGCAUGGCCCAAACUCAGAUCUUCUGCAGCCACCUGCAAGGGCACAGAGUCACCUGGACUGGACGCUUUAGACACGUCCGGAUUGCUGAGACAGAAAACGGUGCGCAGUCUGUCAUUAAUAUGCUGCCAGUGUUUAUUGGGGACUGGAUGCGCUGCUUGUACGGUGAAACAUAUCCCAAGUGUGACCCAAAGAAUACAUCACUGGCAAACUCAACGGCAGCGGAAAUAGCAGACAGUGCUUUGUCAGGUCCAGUUUCUCUGGCCACACUGCUUAAAAUGCAAGAAGAAGAGGAGUUGUGUCAAAUUAAGGCUUUAGCCAAGCACACCUGUCACGUCAAGCGUUUUGACAGCUAUCGAUUUGAGGUGACGGUAGGAAUUAUCCAAGAUGGAAGCUCAGGAGCAGAGGAUGCAGCCAGAGAUAUAAUCCUCAUGGCCAGCAAUGAGUUUAGACAAGUUCUGCUCAAUCUGAAACCUGAUAACAUAAUAGAAUUCAGUACUAAGCUGGAUGGACGUUUAGGAGCAAAGGCUCCGGCCUUUGAGCUCAAGGCUAUCCACUGCCUCGACUGUGCUUCUUCAUGGCUGACUGGAGGCAGGCAGGUGAAGAUCGAGAGAGACUUCAGGCGUACAACAGUUAGAGCCUUCAAGUUUGCAUUUGACUUUUUCUUCUCACCGUUCCUGUCAGCAGAAAUCCGUACCUGAGAUUAAACAGACAACAAGAAACCUGAAUCUUUUUUCUUGUGAAAGAAUUUUUAAAUAUAAUUGAAAAUCCUAACUGGUUUGUGGUUAAGGCAUAAGAUGCUUUUGGAAAUAGUAAUAUCUUAAAACUUAAGCCAAGCCUUUCUAUGUUUUCCUAACAAGUUUGCAUGCAAAUCUUUUCCCUGAUAACCAGAGUGAGCGAUCUUGUCAUCAGCAUUAGUGCUGUAGCUAAACUAAAGCUGCACAGAAACCUAAAUCCUUCCUCCUUCUACAGAGAAACAUUUGCAACCACCGGGUCUUAUGACAGCUGUUUACAUUUAUUAAGUAAAUAUACUGAUUUAAUGUACACUCCAUAUAAACAUACCAGCCUUAUCAUCACUAAAAUGUAAGAAAAAGAAAUUGUAAAUUCAUGAUUACAUUUAAAAUCUAAUAUUUGUGAUUAAAAUGAUAAUAUUUCAAAUGGUUUUGAUAACCCUCUAGAUUUCUUUUUUAUUGUGUGGUGUAGUUGAAACCUCUGGAGAGUCAGAGAUGGUGGGUGGACAUAUGUUUACAUUAAAACAUUACCUUAGCUGAAGUCAAACUUGUCAGAGUAAUGUUGAUGAUGCUGAGUCUUUAUGUCUUGUACCAUGAAGCGAUGGUGGCGACCGAAGCUGCUGGAUUUUUUGUGGAAAUACCAAUAAAAAUAGUCCAAAUGGUUACUUUCAUAACAAUGAACACUAUAUUUAAUCUUCUGGGCCAAGAUUUAAUUCUAAUUGGUUCAACAUUUACUAACAACAAAGAGCCGAAUUUGGAGUCUUGUUCUUUCUUCAAAUAAAAAUGCGACCCAUUUAAGAUAGACAUGCAGACAAAAAUAGACAUGUUUUCAGAUAGUUUUAUUAAUGCACAUUCCUUUCAUCCAUGAAUAAGGUUUUUGUACAUUUACAUCUUUUAUUAAUUUUUUUAGUAUGAUAGAUAUACACAUAAGAAGCACUGAGUAAUGGUAACAUGCUGCUGCUGCUGAUGGUGCUGCUGUGACUGAACUUAAUGUCUCUCCCAGCUGAAUGGCGGUGGGUAUGACAGAUUUACAAGUCACUCAACAACAACUUAAGCCAUUUUGUGUGCAUUUUGUCACAUUUGUGUUGGGCUGCGAUUAAAAAAACAACCAAAAAACAUGUAAUGCACAUUUGUGUCCUUUGUCAGAAACAGAAACAGUAAAUGUACUGACAGAUGUGAGAAACUGUUGCCCAUUCAAAGCUCAGGUUUCAAAAAGAUCCAAAAUUGUUCACCACUUUUGCAAUAAUUUUGUUUCUCCUCCAUAUAUGGUCAACAUGCAGACCGCUCAAUAAUCUUAUCAGGACCAAGGUCACUUGAGAACAAUGUACUGCACCCUAGGAAAUAAAACCAUUCCACAUCUAAACCCUGCACACCUAUAGCUUUCAUUUGUCGCAACCCAGAGCAGCAACCGGCACUGUGAGGUAUCAGCUAUGACAACAAUAAUUCCUGUGAUACACUAUGAUAAAUUUACACUAUAAUAAGUUUUUGGACAGUUAAGAUCUUUCAAUGAUGCAUACAAUGAGCUAUUGCACUGAUGAUGACCUCUGACCCUCGAGCACACUACAAAUGAGAACAAAAGGAUCCAGCUGAGUCAGGGUUAUUUUUUCUUCUUUUAUAAACAAUGUGCAAGUUUUCCUUGAUUGUGAGAUCCCCUUUUAAAAUGUGCUUCUACAUUAUAAAAUGAACAAGGCUCAUUCUGAUUUUCACACAUUAUAACAGUAACAUUUUUGUCUUAUUCACAGUAGUUUGCCAAAGUAGUCAUAAACCUUGAACUUUUUCAUCAAUUUGUCAUCUUACACCCACACACUUCUCUGCAAGUGAAGAAACAACACAACAUAGUGCAUGAUUCUGAAAUGAGCGGAAUAAGAUGCAUGGUUUUCAAAAAUAUAUACAAUUAAAAAUAAUUAGUCAGCUGUCCAUUUAUAUCAAAACCAUUUCCUUUUAUACUCUUAAGUGAAACAAAGUGCAGUCAAAUGCCUUCAGAACUUAUCCAAUCAAUAAUUACACUCCAUCUGUGUGCAGUGCAAUCUCAGGAAAAAUCCAAUUGCUCUGUGAAGGCCACAGAGGGUUGGUUGUUAGAGAGAAUAAACAGCAUCAGAAAGACCAAGAAACAACUAAGAAACAUACCAAAGAUGUCAGUAGUAAAGAAGUUUAAAGCAAGAUUAGCCAAGCUUUGGACAUCCUAUUGAGAUGUGAAGAGUAUUAUCUAAAACUCUAAACCUUUACAAGAUAUCUGACCAAGCCAUAAGAAGUUCUGUUUGCACUUUGGCGCAAACAAUGUAGGGGACACAACAAAUAUGAAAAAAUGGGGUUGCGUCACAUGAGACCAAAAGUGAACUUUUUGGCCUUCGUGCAAAAUGUUGGACGCAAAAACAGGUAAGAGUUAGAUACAGGGAAAUCCUGUAAGAAAACUUAACAAGCUGUAAAAGACUUCAGUCUGAGGUGGAGGCCCACCUUACGGCAGUAAAAUUACCCUAAAAAAAAACAAACAGAGCCAUCUUAGAAUGGUUUAGUUGAAAGUAAAUUUCUGUUAAAACUGCUCUGUCAAAGAAUUAAGUCCAGUUGAAUAUCUGUGAGAGGACUUAAAAAUCUAAGAUCACAAACACUCUUUUUACUACCAGAAUAAGUUGAAGCAAAGAAAAAUUGGCAAAAAUGUAAGUUUGUUGAUGUGCAAGGCUGGCAUAGAUACACUUACACCUAUAAUUGAAGCAAAAAAUGCUUCUUCAAAGCAUGGAUUCAAAAGGGCUGAAUCUUUUUAAAAACCAUGUAUCCCCAUGCCUUUCACUUUUUAUACAUGCAUUGCUUUGCGCUGACUUUUCACAAAACAUUGGAGUUAACGGUUGUGACAUGGCAAAAUAUAAAAAUGUUAAGGUACCUGAACACUUUCGCAGAGCACUAUUUGUUUGAAUAUCAUCAGCCUUUAUCUGGGGAUAAGUAGGAAACACAACAAAAGACUAAGAGUUGCAUUAUACUUGAUUCACCAAGCCCUGUCCUCCAUCCAAAACUUUGAAUGUAUUGCUACACAAUAAUAACCAUGUUGGGAUAUCGUAACUUUUCUGCAUGAGAUGCUCAUUUACAGUGUACACAACAAAAUUUGUUUGAAGCAAAGAGGUACUGUUUUUAAGAAAUCAACACAGAUAUAUACAGCUAACUGUAAAAAGUGUACAUAUGUUACCUGCCUAAAGAAAAUGAUCAUGUUUCAUAUCAGGAGUACCGCUGAACUGUUCUUGGUGAUAUUAUCUCGAUGUGAACAGAUCAUGUAUGAAUUAUGAGUAUAAUCCCCAGGAGCACUGCUCUAAAGGAGAGUAUCAAUAGCUGUUGUUACUCAGCAGAGAAAAUAAAGAUAUUGCAAAGAAACAUUCACUUACACCAUUCCUAACAUUCCACAUUAAAAAAAAAAAA